CAUGACACGUAUGUGCGCAGUAGACGUGGCGAUUGCCCACACUCUCGACUAAUCGUACGUCAGUGGUCGUUAAAUUAGAUUGGAGUCUGGAGGGCUUUAAGCAAACAAAAGCAUAGGGAAAAGUAAGUUUAGUUCAAGAAAGAAGAAGAUGCAUUCGGCGAAGGAGAAGAUCAGCGACAUGGCCAGCACGGCCAAGGAGAAGCUCAACAUCGGCAGCGCAAAGGCACAAGGACAUGCGGAGAAGACUAUGGCUAGGACUUCAGAAGAGAAGAAGAUGGGUCACGAGCGAGAGAAAUCUAAGGAGGCACAGGCCAAGGCCGACCUCCACGAAUCUAAGGCUGAGCAUGCGGCAGACGCUCAGGUUCACAGCCACCAUCUUCCUGGACACACCGCCUAUCCUAGCCGAACCACUGGCGCUGCUCAUUACCCGCCGGGACAGCUCUAAAACUCUCUUUUUUAUCACAAGAUGUAAAACUAUAUUAGCGCUUUAGUUUGCUUAUAUAGUAUGUAUGCUUUUGUGUCUUUUAUAAUAAAAAAGAACUUGAAGUUUCUUGUUUGA